AUGGCUGCUCUCCUCCGCACGGCCGCCGCGCUCGCGCCGCCGCCGCCGGCCCCGUCGCCGUCCCCCGCCCGGGAUCCGCGUCGCCCCGCGUCGCUCGCCUGCCCCCGGCGCGCGCCGGUGCGGCCGCUCCGGGCGCAACUCCUGCCGGCGGGUCGGCGCGUCCCCUGCCGCGUCGCGGGCCGGCUCCGGCGGCGGUUGGGAGCCACCGAGGCAGACGAGGCAGCGCAGACGGCGACUGAGGAGGAGUCUGAAACUGAAGUAACUGGAGACACUGGUGCAGAUGAUGGUGCAGGCGCAGAAGAAACUCCCUCUGUUCUUGUCACAGCAUUGCAAUCAUACAAGGAAGCUUUGGCUAAUGAUGAUGAAACAAAAAUCGCUGAGAUAGAGGAAUUUUUACUCUCUAUCGAGGAGGAGAAGAAUUCUCUUUUGAGCAAAAUCGCUACUUUAGGUGCAGAAUUGUCAACUGAGCGAGAUCGUAUCUUGAGGAUAAGUGCCGACUUUGAUAACUACAGGAAAAGGGUAGAAAGAGAGAAACUUUCAUUGAUGACAAAUGUGCAGGGGGAAGUUAUAGAGAACUUGCUGCCUGUCCUUGACAACUUUGAAAGAGCAAAAACACAAAUAAAGGUGGAAACCGAACAAGAAGCAAAAAUAAACGACAGCUAUCAGAGCAUUUAUAAGCAAUUUAUUGAGAUUCUGAAUUCACUAGGUGUCGAAGAUGUGGAAACUAUUGGCAAACCAUUUGAUCCUAUGCUUCAUGAGGCUAUUAUGCGAGAAGAAUCUGUGGAGUAUGAAGAAGGGGUCAUCAUUCAGGAAUUUCGUAAGGGUUUUAAACUUGGGGAGCGACUGUUGCGCCCUGCUAUGGUCAAGGUGUCUGCAGGACCAGGCCCUGAAAAGCCCGUGUAUGAUGAUCCUGCAAUGGUUGAAGAUAGUGUAGCACCUCAAAAGGUCAAGGAUACUGAAGACGAUGGUUUUGAUGAUGAUAAUGCUGAGUGAUGCGGUGUUCCUUUUUUCUGAUUUUACAGGAACAAAGUCCAGAAAUUUUGUUGCUUUUCUGGAAUGUGUCAAGCAGGUAAUAGGAUAGAGUUAGAUACUGACUUAAAUGUGUCAUUCUCCCUUCCUGCUGUUGACAUUGAGUGUUGAUAUUGUCUCAAAAUUUAUAUUUCC